AUGGCGCCUCUUCCCGACAACAACCCCGAUGACCACUACGAUGCGGGCGCGCCGCUCGAUGGCGGCGCUAGCCCUGCCGUCCUAGGUAAUGGCGACAAGCACUUCUCCCCCACUGGUCUGGAGAUCGGAGUCAUCGUCGGCGUUGUUGUCUUGGUUAUCAUCACCGUAGUUGGUCUCUUCGUCUGGCGAUCCCGUAAGAACCGAGAUGCUAAGAUCACCGAUGCUGCAUCCUCCGUACCUGCAGCUGGUCCUUACGAGGAACUCCCUUCACCUGGCGCUGUUCGUGCGCGCCGCGAGUCGAACGAGCCCAUUCCUCCUCCCAAGGAUGACCAUGCCAGUACCAUCAAGAAUGAUGACAAGUCUUCUAUCGAGCAACCUACGCCUAUCCCCGCUGACCGCUCCGCCAACAAGUGGAGCUAUUGGGGCACUGUUCGCCGUGGCGGUGAUCACGAUCAUGUCGAGGAACACGAGAUAGCAAAUCGGUUCUAA